GUCAUUUCUGUCAGUUUGUUUUAAAAUUUUCGUUUCACACAUAAAAAAAAUCCAUUCCGCAAAACAUUAGUCAAAAUUUCGUGUGCUGUGUCGUUUUUGGGGGUGCCGUAGAUUUCUUUCAGCCCCGGCCAGAGAGCGAGAGAGAGAGAGAGAGAGCGACAAUUCGCGCUAUCUAAUCGGCGUCGUCGUCGUCGCGGGUCUAGGCCAGCAGAGCGGCGCGUGUUUACACUUCGGGGGUCUCUCCCGCUGCUGCUGCUGCUAUCAAGCUCGAUCGUCUCAGUCGUCCUCCGUUGUUUGCGGCGAAUGAAUCGAAAGCGGUGCGUCCGCAGUGUCGAAUAACAAACAACGCGCGAAACAGUCGACGCGUGCGCCCUCUACGGCAACAUCGAGCGCGCGACGAGAGUGGUGGUGGGGGAGUUUGUGUGUGUGUGUGAACGGCUAGUGCGUCGUUGCCGCCGUUCGGGUUUCCCGCUCGGCUCCCAUGCACUGCUGAACUAAACGUAAGAUGGCCGCCGAUUCGGGAAUGGAUACGUGCCCGUCGCCUGAAAUCGCGGACUCUAGAAAACGACCGUUAGACGGGGACGCGGAAAACGGCGACACGAAACGCUCCCAUUUCAGCUCAGAUGGAGGUUCAGAUGAAGGAAACGGCAUGACAGCGUUUAAGAGACAGAUAAUCGGUAUACCGGAACUUCUGGAAAACGGGUACCUAAAGUAUCCUACGACAUUAAUAGCUAGUGGAGAUGGAACUUACCAUUUCAAACUGCUCGUGCCCAGCGUUGCCGCCGGCGCGAUUAUCGGCAAGGGGGGCGAGACGAUCGCUCAAUUGCAGAAAGACACCGGCGCGCGAGUCAAAAUGUCAAAAUCCCACGACUUUUACCCGGGUACGACGGAAAGGGUUUGUUUGAUAACCGGCAACGUGGAAGCGAUCAUGAAAGUUUUGGAGUUUAUAAUGGACAAGAUCAGGGAGAAACCUGACUUGACGAAACCGGUGAUAGAGGCGGGAGACAGUAAGUUGACUCAGGAACGCGACAAGCAGGUGAAGAUUUUGGUUCCCAACAGUACGGCCGGCAUGAUAAUCGGCAAGGCGGGAAACUACAUCAAGCAGAUCAAAGAAAGCAGCGGCUCGUACGUCCAGAUUUCGCAAAAGGCCAAAGAUGUUAGUCUCCAAGAGAGAUGCAUUACUGUGAUAGGCGAAAAGGAUCAAAAUAAGCAGGCUUGCCUUAUGAUCUUGAGCAAAGUGGUAGAAGAUCCGCAGAGCGGAACGUGUUUGAACGUAUCGUACGCCGACGUCAGCGGUCCCGUCGCGAACUACAAUCCUACAGGUUCGCCGUUUGCGCAGCAAACGACACCAGGUGGCGCGUUCAGCGCGUCGACCGCGAGCCUGAACAGCACGUUGAGCGCGGCGGCCGCUGUUCAGCAGGGACUGGUGCUUAAUGGUGCUGGCCCGCCGGGCCUGUCCCUCAGCCUCAAUCUGGGCACUCCCGGACAAGGUAUCGGGGGUGUUACCACGCAACUUCUGGAUCACAUCAAGCUCCAUCUGAGGACCUCUGGCCUGACCGAUCCUCAUAUAGCCGAGAUCUGCGCCGCGUUGGCCGUCUUGGCGAAGUACGGUAUCCUUGGGGUGGGUCUUGGUUUAGGAAACGCCCAUGCCGGAGCUCUUCCCGUCUCCAGUUACCUCAGCGUCAUGGAGCAAGCGAGCGCAGCUACUGCCAAUACCGGAGUGUUUGGUGCCAUCGGACAAGUUAGUUUGGGCGAAUGCCUAGGUGCGAACUCGCCCACGCCAAGGACCAGCCUGGAACGGUACGAAUCGGCGUUCGAUCCGUUUAGGCAUCAGGCAUCGGCCGCCACAGCUCCGAUUUCCCUAAACAACAACAGUUUCGGAUUGGGCACCAAUUCGCAGGUGGCUGUCCUCAGUAAAAGUCCGACGCCUGCCGAGUUGAACGGUCAUAAGGAGAGCAAGAACGUCGAAAUUCCCGAAGUCAUAGUCGGCGCCAUCUUGGGGCCUGGCGGUCGUUCGUUGGUCGAGAUCCAGCAAAUCAGUGGCGCGAACAUACAAAUUUCGAAGAAGGGUAUAUUCGCGCCGGGCACCAGGAACCGAAUCGUUACGAUAACCGGCAAUCAACAUUCCAUUAACACGGCGCAGUACCUGAUCGAGCAGCGCAUCAGCGAGGAGGAACUCAAAAGGGCCAGAAACAACGGCCUCGGCACCCUGGCCAUGCAGUGAGAAUCCGUGAGGCAGACGGACCAUCACACUCGUUGGACGGUCGAUAUAUACACAUAUAUAUACACACAUAUUUUUAUUUCAGAUUGUUUAUGUUUACGUGGACGGACCCUGUUAAAAUUUUAUCGAUGUUUUUAAAUCGUGUUGUUUCAAAUCGAUAGUGAGAUUGAUAUUUUUAUUUUUUAUUUUUGCCCUUUGCGUGGAAAAUUAGUGACGCAGUAAAAAAAAAUCGGUUAUAUCGUUGUUUAUUUGCACCAGCGCCGCAGGCCGUAACUUUUUUCAUUUUUAAAGGGGAAAAAUUUUCAUAACCUUCGAAAAACCCCGCCCCAAAUGUGUCGUGCCGUUAUUUUUUAAAUUUAUUGAACGUUUACGACACAACAAAAUCAACGGUAUACGAAAGGAUAUUUUCGCACCAACUUAUAUGUAUGACAAUAGAAAAUAAUGAAAGGAACGAAGAGAUUGUGAUUCAUCUACACUUGAAGAAAAAAAUAUUUUGCAAAUCACAUUUACGAAAAGAAGGUACUCUAACCAUUAUACGAGUAUAUACAGGCUGAUCUAAAUUUAGUGUUCAUCAUUGGUAACUCUUUUAUGCGUAGAGAUACAAAGUUGGUUAAAUUAAGAAACUAGAAAAACCAUUUAAUGUAGGGUUUGGAAAAACAUGAAGAAAAUAUAAUCUUUUGAAAUGUAUAUUUUUUGCUGUGACGUACGCAAAUCACCAACAGAACAAAAAAGAUCAUAUGCAAUACAGUAGGACCUCGAUUAUCCGGGCCAGCCGGCACCGAGCCUUCGCCGGAUAAUCCAAAACAUGUAUAAUCCAAAGACCUUUUUUUAUUAGUUUUUUAAAUUUAUUUAGAUAAAUACAUAUUUCAAACCAAGAGAACAAAUGUAAUACAAGAUACAACAUACAUGUAACAAAAAAUAAAAUAUAGUGUAUACAAAAUGUAUACAAUGUUUACAAUAAAUUGUUUGCAAAAAUCAGUUGAAAAAAUCGUAACUUCUACACUUCAUAAUUUCUUUCAUUUUUCUAAGCUGAACUACAUGAACGUCAUCAAUUCCAGGCUGUUCUUCAAAAUAUUGAAUAAGAACGUUUACUGCAUUUUUUGCUUCUUGGUGACUUGUCUUGAUUUCGCAAUAAUUAUUCUCAUCACUUUUUUCAGAACUUGCUUCAGAAGUGUUGUUAAUUCGUCAUAUCGUCAUUUAUGAUUUGAUACCUUGCUUCCUUGUGAUCACAUUCUAUCCAGUCCUGCAUUUCUCUAUUGUCUAUUUCUUCCAAACCAUUUAUUUGCAAGGAUGCUAUGUUUUCGAUUGAUAGUUCACCUUCAUUUCACUGAUUAUUGUCUCCAAUAACGUCUUCAUCCUCUGUAUCUUCUAUUAAAGUCAUUAUUUUAGAAAAUGAUUUUUUAAUGUUGGUUUCCUUUACUCCAUUCCAAGCACGAGCUACAGCAUAUAUUGCCUCUUUCAAAUUCAGACGUUCCCAAAAUUACCCAGUGUCACGUUCUUCCCAAAAUUGAAGCAUAAGAUCUUUUCUAUAAAGCCUGGUUGAUCAAUUUAAAAUGCCGCCCGGAUAAUCGGGGUUUUACUGUAUUAGCCUAAAAUUGAAAGUAACUAGAAAGUAGACUAGACGGCUAUGAAUAAUGGUGAAACAAAACUCCAUUAUCGUUUUUUUUGUUGUUGAGCGUAAGAAACAUGGAAAUAGGAAAAUAGAAAAAAAAAAAAAAAACUAAAAACCUAAUUAACAGCACCUCCUACUUCAAUACAUUUUUAAGCACGUUCUUCCAUUGUGCAAAUUGCCUUUAGCUUUGUUCUACCAUCUGUCUGAGAAUUUGAAAAUUUUGAUUCGUCGGUCCACAAAAUAGACCGAAAAUUAUUUAUGUUUUGGUUAGUAAGGGCAAAAUUUGUGUGUGUGUGUGUGUGUUUUUUUUUUUUAAUCUUUUGAUUAAAGAAUAGGUUAGAGUCUUUGACUAUAUCUCGAAUAGAAUUGUCACCAUAUUCUUCGAAAUAUCCACGUCUUCACGCGAAAUUCAUAGCCGUCUGUAGUCUAAAAGAGCAAUGUGCUGAUAAUUCGGUUAUUUUCAAUUUUCUCUGUUCUGUUGGUGAUUUUCGAACGUUGGAGUAAAAAAUAUACAGGGUGUUCCAUAUGCUAGUAGUUUGCUUGGAGCGACUAUUUUGAUUUAGUACUUAAAAAAAAAGCACGAAGAAAAAAUUUAGUGAUUGUUCAUUCAAAAUAAACUUUCUUAAUCAUAAAUUAAUUAUCUCAAAACGUAUAUUUUAUGUGCUAAAAUGAUUGGUAGUCAUUAUCCAGUGUGAAACUCCUACAAGAGUUAGUUUAAUGUGCCUGGUAUUAACAAUAUGUAGCAGACAAUGAUGUGGGCAUAUUUAAAACCAAGUUGUUAUUUGGUUGGUCACAGUUUAAAACGCAGCAACAGAAUAUUUUUUCAAAAAACAAAAAUAUUUUUACUCUAUAAUUAAUGCUAUAUAUCAAUACUUCAUUUUGAAGUCGUAUAAAAAGGCUACUCCAUUGGACAGCAAGACAAGCAACGCCAUAUAUUUUAUAUCGUUAUCUACAUUUUUUUUACUAUGUAAUAUGCUUGCUGCGUGUGGUUUUCAACGGUUCGUAAAGUAGAAUUUGAAGUGCCGUCUUUCGUUAAAAUAUCUUGGAUGAUACUCCGCCUUGUCCUUUUCACAACUGCCAUUCAAUUAAGUGGCGGACAAGUACGCUUUGUGUCUUCUUCAUAUAGCAUAAGUGUGGAAUUAUAUUUCUUUUCAUUCUUUUUUUAACUUUUAUGAAUAUUUUCCUUUCCAUAUGGUUUUAUAUAUCCCGCUUGAAAAAAGACAAUAUAAACCGACAAAAGGGAGGUUAGGCUACCAUUUAUUUUUCUUUUAAUGAAUUAGAAAAUAGUUUUUUGAAGUACCUUAGUUUUUUGAAUAAUGCAAUAUGAUGAAUAAUUUUUAAAAUUAUAGUAACUGAUAACUGAUAACUAAUAACCAACAGCUGAAAUGUCGUUUUUAACAUGAAAUUGUCCACAAGUUUUAAUUAUUUAUCACGACGGUAAUAUUGCACUUCUGGCAAAAUAUUUAGAGGGAAUGAAUAUUUUUUAGGAAUUUUUUGAAAAAAGUUGACUUGAACUGGUACUUAAAGUACCCUACAACGUCAACUUAGAUUCUUAAUCGACUCUUAAUGCUCAAAUUAAGCUCCUCUAACUUGUACACAAGCAUCACGGUGUCUUAUUGUUUUCGGAAAGAGCCUCGGUAAUCAAUCUAAAUAUGUUUUCGGGAAAAUUUUUGACUCCAAAAAUAAAAAAAGUUACGGUCCGCGUCGUUAAUACGGAUGGAAAAUAUCGUUACUUCUACCGGACCGGUUUUUACUUGUUGACGAUCUGAUUUUGUUUUGUUUUUUUUUUAAUAGUUUUUUAGAUAUAGAAAAAUUCUAAUUGAAAAAUAUUGUGAUGAUCAUCGUGUACUUUCACCUCUCAUUUGAACUUCGACAGCUCGACGCCAUUUUUACAUUGUAGCAUAGUCAUAAUCUGGGCUUUAACGCUUUGGUUCCGCCAGGUUUGCCUCGUUUCCUUGACCCAGUGCGGGUUCGAAGCAAGGGUUGCCCGAUACCCAAACAAAAGGGAGGUGUUAUUUUGUCGGAUUGCGGAGAUUUUUUAGAUUAAUAAUAACUGCCAAUUGCCAAAAAUUAUAAACUAUAAAGGCGAAAUCUGAUGCUAAGGUUUCAAGCAAAUCAAUCACUUUCUCUCUUUAUGGUUCAGCGGACGAGCAACGGCCUCUUAAUUUAACCUCACUUUCAUCCUUUUCCUCUAAUAUGUGAAUAGGCUGGAAUUUUUGCUUUUACUCUGACAGUUACCUUUAAUUCAAGCAGCGAUGAAAAAUAUUGGUAAAAAAUCGUAAAUUGUUUCAUUCGCUCACUGGCAUAAAUUUUUGAACAAUCACUAAAACCAAAAAACAAACCCCUGAAAAUCGCUUAGCCUUAACCUCACUUUUGCAGUGUUCUUCUUCUUCAAAACGCAUCAAUCGACUUAGACAGUUGUAUUCAAUUUUUAAUUUCACCCGAUCAAUGGUAGUGGUAACCAACUAACCAAAACUAACGUCCUCGCUAUUGACGAACCACAUUUCAGUUCGAUCUGUGACCAUACAAGGUGGUUUGGUCCCCACAAAACUGCCCAAAUAAAUAUAAUUGCUGCGUUUGUCAGUAACCCAAUUCCCUAUUUCUAUGUAUCCGACGAAAUAACACUUCUAUCUAGCUGGGAAUAAUCAAAACUUGGAAGUUCGAUGUCGUCCGAGUUUUUAAAAUGUUCACGGUUAUGAAACAAUGAUGUACCUGCGAUUCAACCUCAAAAAAAUUAUAGGCAUGUAUUUUAAAUACGUCAAGAGUAGGGGAAAAAGAAAACGUAGGAGCAAAGCAAGUUUAAUUUCUUUUCGCAGCGAUAGGUUCCGGAAACCAUACGAUAUCUCGGGUAUCGUUCACCUCUGUUAUAAAUUAUGGAGAAAAGUGAACUAAAUGAUAUAAAUAAAAUUUCCAGUAGAAAUUCUAAACCAAAACAUUGGGGUACUUGCGAUAUGUAAUGGCAUUCCAAGCUGUUGCGCAUUAGGGGGUUUUUACAUUAUUCAAAGAUGGAAAAUGUCGGUAUUUCUUAUACGCGUGGAAUAUGCGUGGCAACCAUCCACCCCGUGCCUAUGUGUUUCACUAGUACUGCUAGUAACGUUGUUUUAAAUAAAUUUUCGGUUUUUAUAACAAACUAACCUAAAACUGAUAUAUUUUUUGUGUAACUUAUGUUUAAUCGCCUAAAUUUCGUUGUUCAAAAUCAACUCGAGAUAUUAGGGUUGAAUAUUUGGGCACGCCAUAACACAUAUAGGCACGAAAGUGGUCAAAAUCAAAAACGGCAUCUAUGCACGUGGGUUUUUUUUGGGAGUUUCAUGCGGGCAUGCAUUAUUGUACAUAAAAAAAUAUAUAGAUAUAAUAUAAUCACUCUAAUGCUGUUAUUUCUUAUAGAAUCUAUUUAAAAAGGAAAGGUUAAAAGGAAAUAAUUAAAUAUAAUUAUAUAUACAUAUAUACAUAAAUGUAACUCAGAUAAUAUUUAAUAUUGUUAUCGCAUGUUGUUAAUGUUGUUGAAGUUUGAGACGUUUCUCUCGCCAUUAAGUGAAAUUUUAAUGAAGCCAUUAACCAGUCGAUUUAUUUAGUGACAUGCGUUAACUAACAUCCGUUCCGAACGUGAUUCUCCUGCUACCGCAUGUCAAGCGUGUAUUUUCUAGUCAGUGUGCAAAACAAUACGGGGAAUGGGGUGGUGUAUGCGUGUGUGUGGCACUUUUUGCGUCCAGAAGAACCACGUUCGUGCACUUAUAGGUUAAGGUCUAUCGUAGGUAGUGUUUUAGGUUAAGUUUAUUCAUGUAUAUUUUGUGCAUGUCAUAGAAAAGUUCAAAUGGUAACAUUAUCGCAUUCCUGGUUCAAUAAUGUUCAUAUCUACACAUAGAGUUUGAAACUAACGUAUUUUUUCGCUAUUUUUUUUUUUUAAUGGAAAAAGGAGAUAUUUUGAAGUGGAAUUUCAGAAAAUUCUAAUAUUUGAACAAUUUGUUAUGUUUGAGACAAUCCUGUUCUGUUGAAUUUAUUAGAUGCACAGGUAGCAGAAGGUCGUCAAAAUGACGUCACCUAAUGACAAAAAGCAACGUUAUAUAUGGGUCAGCAGGACGCGAAUUUGAUCUACUAAUGUCUCAGACGAAUGAGUGAAAUCUUUUUUACGUCAGAUUUUGGUCUUUACUGCCUGAAAAUAUGACGAUUUUUGAAUUGUUUUUGUUCUUUUUGCACUGCGUGUAAUCGGAAGUAAAUCACACAGAAACCGCCGUUUUAAAUUACAUAGAAUGUCUUUUGCGGUUGCAGAAAAUGGAGAAUUAUAGGUAACUAAUAAAGACUAGCCGUUUAAAAAAAAUGAAUAACGGAAGUGUAAUAUACAGGGUGUUUCAUUUGAUUUUUUUAUGAAAACUAAUAUUUUUUAUUUUUACUCAUCCUGUAUAAACGAUUCGAAAUCUGAGUACAGUCAGAAUAGACUCUAAUAAUCCUACAUUGGGUUAUUGAGUAUAAAAGGGAGUAUAUAUUAAGAUCAUAAUAUAUAAUAUACAGGGUGUUCCAUUAAAAAAUAUAAAUUUGAUUUCCCCCAUAUUUGCGGAUCACUCUGUAUAUUUAAAAAUAAAUUUAAAUUCUUUCUUUUAAUCUCGUCUAUAACUUUUGUAUUUAACAUUUUUCUCUAAAAAAAAAAAUAAACGAAAUAUAUUACUUUGACGCACUACCUUCUAGACGUAUUAUCCUAAAUCGUGGUUUUAACUGGAAGAAUUUAAUAAUAAUUUAUAUUAAUUAUUAAGUUUUAAGUCCAUCUCUGGAAUGAAGUCAUUUUAUGACGAAUUCGGAGGUCAUAUUUGACGAGUAGCGGCCACUUAUGGCCCGAAAAUGACGUCACUUUGAAGAGCGCCUGCUACCUGGGUAAGGGUUUCAACUGGUCGCCCAUAAAAUUCCCCGGGAAAAUAGUCAGUCCCCGUUAUUUUUUAAUUUUUUUAAAAUCUCAGUCCCACCAUUUUUCCGAAUGGUUAAAUUGUUAGAUAUAUUCACCGUUUCACCGACUUUUCAAAUUUAAAAUAAAAAGAUUGCAGUGGUUAGAUAUAUAUCCCCGAUUAAAUAUGGUUCCUAAAAGUAUAUAUACCGGGGUACAUGUCGUUGCAGUUGUUAUAACUAGGCACAUCUUAUUCGGAUGUCCUAUUAAAAUUUAAAUGACCACGUGUACAAGUUAUCUUUUACAAGUGUAGGUUCUCACUUUUCUGUUUUUAUUACAUUAAUUUUUGAUAGAGAACAUCCCAUAGUGUGUAAUCUAACGAGCAAAAGUGAAAUAUUGCAGAUAGAGAAACUAAAUUACUAGGUCUUUUUGGCGGAUUUUCAUCACUAGUUUCAAGUGAAGGUCUUUACGAAGUCUACUGGAUUUACACUAACAACAAAAACUAAAUGUAAGAAUUUUGGUUGAAAUUGAGUUGAUCAGCCUAGGUAGAUUUGGGAGAUGAAAAUGGUUAGUUUUGGUUAAUUUUUUUGAAAUAUUGAAUAGCGCGACAGCCCAGAUUGAGAAAAUGUACGAAAAACUUCGAACUGUGGAAAAUAAACUUAUUUAUUUAUAAACAAGUCUUUCCUACAAACAGACGCAGCUAUCCAAUAAAGGGCGAGCGAAAAAUUUCACAAAAAAAUGAUACUUUGUCAGUGGACUAGUUUAAAUUAUUUUUUACCAGCUAAAUCUAAUUAAUAACUAAUUGAAGCUUUUUAUUACAGUAUCUUAAUUGGUAUAUCGUCUUAACUGUCGUUUAAAUUGUUUCCAACUUUGUACAGAAAUAAUAAAUAAAAAUUUGUUCUACAAUUUUCCAAAGACUGCAUGCAAUAGAAAUGAACGUUUUCGCUAUAACUAAAAAAAUGUCUAUUAAAUCUAUAAUUUAUAGCAUUAUGAUAACUAAGAUUCCUAGCCACAUGUGAAGCUUAUUGAAAGCGUUGGGCACAGUUUUCGAAAUAUUCACCAUUUUCUUACUCAUCCCAAAAGGUUGUACUCUUUGCAAUUGUGAGUUAACAAAAUUCGUUUUUUUUUUUAUUGUUUUUUAUUUGUUGUUAUAUUGUACGGUAUACAUUGGUUGGUUAGGGUUUAUAAUAAUAACAUAAACUUGCAUUUUUUCGGCAGUUGGCACUACCGAAUUCGUAUGAGGUAUGUUUGGUUGAAACAACUGCAGAUGACAUCUAUUAACAUUUGCUCCAAUAUAUGCGAACCAGUCACCCUAUACAGGGUGUUCCAUAAGUAAUGGUAAUUAUCUAAAUAUUAAAUUCUUUAGGUAAAAAUAUUAAUGAUCUAACGAAACUUACCUUUGUCAAAAAGUUGAUAUUAACCAAGAUAUAGGGUAUCAAAGUUGCAAGUUAUAGUGCUGGCAAAUUGCCUAGUAGCACGCCAACCCCAAAUAAGAAGAAGAAGAAAGUUUCUUCUUCUUCUUUUUUUUUUUUUUUUAAUAAUUCCUGAAAUAUACAAGCGUUUUGCACAAAACUUGGAAAAUCAAGGUUUUUUGACAAGAGAAAUCGAAUUUCGUGAAUAUUUUUUCUGGCAAAUUGUAGAGGGCGCUACCUGUGGUAUUUUUCGUGCCUUUGAUACUUUUACCUUACCUUUACCUUUUAAAUUUCGCCUGGAGUCUCCGUUUUCGAGAAAUUCGCUUUUGAAUUUUUUGUUGCACCUAAUUGAACAGUUCCAUGUGAAUAUGCAAAAUAGGUUCAAAGUACGCUUUGUAGUGUAGUGUAGUGCGAAGUAAGUCGCUCUGUCGCAAACAGAUACGAUAAAAUAGCUGCGUUUAGAUGCUGGUGAAUAAAUAAUAUUAAAAACGGUGUUGAGACCAUAUUAGCUCAGUUAUAUGCAUUACCUAAGUUUUUUUAAAAUUGAAGGCAUAAAAAAAUAAAAUUUUAAAUAUUACGUGCUUUAAAAAAUUAAAUUUAAAAGAUAUACCUUUUUGGGGUAAAAAAUUAUAAGAAGUAAUAUCUUUAUUAAAAACUUCCAUAGACUAAGGCUGAAAAAUGUUAGGCAGUAUUAAUCGUACGAUUUUUCAUGUAAAAAAACUCCGAUUUGUCAAAUUUGGAAAACAAUCAAAAAUGAAAUUGCAACUUUGACUUCCUGUAUCUCGGUUAAUUUGUGGACUAAGGUUAAAUCGUAAUAUUUGUGCCCAAAGAAUCUCCUAUUUUGUGAUGUAUACUUAUAUGGAACACCCUGUAUAUUCACUCGUCCAUUGAGGUUAGGUUACUCAUCUCAUAUUUUUCUCUUAUCCGACACCGAAAUCCAGUGUUAUUGGCUUAAAAUUGAUGGAGUGCGGGUUGUCAUUCGUCCGCAUAUUUCGCUCAUAACACUGAUGAUGUGUAAUUCAUUUUUAAUCGACGAAGCUGGCGAGCUGUACAUUCAUAAAAUUAUUAUUCCUCAAAACUGCGCAAAGGUUGUUCAGGAUUCACAGUGCAAUUAUCGACGAGAUCUACGGUCAAAAUAUAUUAUAAAAAUAUUAGAUGUCUAUUAUAUUCAUAUACAUACGCGUGUGUUGAAACUAGAUCGGUUGACACUUUCCUAUAUAUUUUUAUAUAUUUCGUUGCUUCCUGUACGAUAUCUGCCUCGUGAAAUUCAUUUUGCGCACGAACAUAUUUUCAUAAAACAUGAUACAUUGUUGUUGCUGUGAUAGUCACACGUUGGAACUUGUUAUAACAAUAUUUUAAAAUUUGUGUUAGGUACUAUAUACUCAUGUGCAAUACAUAAGUCCGUGGUUCGUUCUAUUGACAUUAAACGGUAAGCUUUUCACUGAUGACAUCAGUGCGGGGCUUUAAAAUCGUCAUUGUUACGGAUUUUUUGGGUGUACAUAUUUUAUUUUUUUACAAUAGCCGCGUCGUAUUUUUUUCGCUUUCAAUUUUUACCACCUAUCAAUUAAAGGCCUAUAAUUAAUUGUAGGGUUUGUUCUUCAGAGACCUACAACAUGUUGUACUCCGCUUUGUUAAGUUUACGAUAUGUUCUAAACAUGUAGCCCGUAGGUUUUGUGUAUAAUCGAUUAUAUAUAUUUUCUUGGUACAUACGUGGAGGAUAAUAAUUAUUGUCAGUCAACAAAACGGAGGUUACCACAUUUUUGUUUUUUUUUUGUUGUAUGCAGUUAGGCACGUUGUUGUUGCACACAUUAUAUACCUACAUAAUGCGUUACUGUAAGUCUGUAGUUGUAUUUCGAGCCUGGGCAAUCUGUGUCUUGAACUUCGUGACCAGAAAAAUGUUGUAACUCACGUAAUCCAGGACACAGUUCGCUCUGGUCAUGAUAUAAACCAUUUUAUUAUAUAUUUUAAAGUCAGUGCUGCGCCGCCAUUCAUCUUAAGUGCCCUUGAAGUAGCUCUGAUACUAAAGGCCCAGCAAAAUUGUUAAAAGCGGCCAUCAAAAUCUCGACAUAACCUCGCCGCCGCGCUCUUUUAAGUUUUGCGGUUAUGUGAAGUUUUUGCCGGUUUCGCGACGAAGUAAAAACGGUUUAUUUCUAGAGCACGUGAUUAAGAAAUGUGCGGAACUUAGUUUUAGAUUAAAACUGAAGUGAUAUAUUAGGGUUGGUGGAAAUUGGUUUUGAAAACCAAAUUGGGUGAAACGGGUAUAGGAUUUAUUUCGGUUGUGUUCACAACUGAAGAAUACGUGCACCAGCUACAGACUGUGUUACUAAGCAUUCGUCUCGACGCCGUAUCACCGUUUGUAGCCCACAGUUGCUAGCUAGUUUAGUUCACAGCAUUGUCAAACACAUUAAUAUUCAAUAAAACUCCAUAGUGCCAUACAUCGUAUUUUUCAUACAACCUCACUAUUAUUUUUGUUUUGCUUUCAUUUACCGCAACAUAUUGAUAUCCGCGCAAAACAUUUUGUUAGGACGUUGCAGUGAUCAGUUUUUUAUAUAUGCAUUAUCUGUGGUCCAGAGCUGUGAUAAGAGUGGCAAAGUUUUACCGUUGUAAUGUUUUCCGCGAAAAACUGCCUUUUUUUUACUUUUGGAUUUUACGGGACAAUCAGAAAUCUAGCAAAAUGUUUUCAUCCGCCGCUUUGUUCCUUUUUACUCCGUUACUGUAGCGAAUCACAUCUGACGUUUCAUCGUAUUAUUUCUCUCGCAUCAGACAACCAAACGUUUCGAGAAUUAGGCGUAUAUAUACUUUAUCCGUCCAUUUUUUCUAGUCAGUAUUAUUGGUUUUUUG